AUGGAUUGGUCGGAUGCUAAAAAGAUGCUUGGCAGUUAUGGUCCAUGGCCCAAAGAUUCUCGUCCUCAACUUGUUAAACAGGAUGUUGCUACUGAAAUUCCCAACAGUUUUGAUGCUCGUACAAAGUGGCCUGGCUCCAUUCACGCGAUUAGAAAUCAGGUACAAAGUAGUAGAAAUAAUAACAGCAGUGUUUCUGGAAUGGCUCAAAAUCUCAGAAAAGUGUCAAGUAAUCAAAUUAUUCAUGAUAACAAUGACUUACUUUCAUGAUGACUUUAGUUUGAUUUUGUUGUUCUAACCCUAGCCCUAACCCUAACCCUAAACCCGGAAACAUCAGGGAAGUAGCCUUUAGGUCAAACAUAAUAUAAGUACCAUCAACGCAAAGGCACAGUACAAACCAUUUCGUUGUAGAUAAACAAACUUUUAAUGCUCGAUUUUUUUUUUCAUUCUUAGCUUGAUUGUGGAAGUUGUUGGGCCUUUGGUGCCUCAGGUGGGUUUAUGGUCAAUAUUGGUCAAGUUGUGUUACAUUGAUGAAAAAACCAUAGUUAAUGUAUGUCUAAUUUGUUUCUAUGUUUUGUUUGAUUAAUGCAGAAGUACUUUCAGACAGGUUUGCUAUUGUGAGUAGCAAUCGAAUUAACGUGGUGCUGUCAGCUCAGCAGCUUGUUGACUGUAACACAGUGAAUGAUGGCUGUAGCGGUGGCUGGCCCUUAAAGGCGUGGCAGUACAUGUCCAAAGUUGGGUGAGUGGAUUGGUUCCUGAAAUUUUAAUGUACGGAUUUAUAUAUCUGCCCAAGGAUUGUUUAUAGUAGUUUUGGAGGUUACCAUGACUGGAUCUCAGGGUAAAAGCUCAACGAUAUAUUUUUUUUAAAGCUCUAGUUAUCUAGACAAUAAAACUUAAUUUAGCUUAAUCCUGGACUAGCUUAAAUUAUCUGUCAUGGAACCGAGAGGUACCCAUUGCGCCUAGUGUAACACAGUUUGCUUUCCUCUUGUUUAUAUGUCCAAAGCCUUUUGACUGCACAGUGCUAUGGUGAGUACACCGCAAAAACUGGAACCUGUAGGUUUAAUGGAUCAUCUAUCACACAAUGCCCCAGUGGCUACGGAACACCCAGAUUCUACAAAGCAGAAAACGCAUAUACUGUCAAACAAUCCGUAUGUAAAGUCCUUCUUUGAUCACAUGUAUAGUUAUUUUUUUAAACUAGAAGAUAAAAUGAUAUAUAAUGUUAUAAAAUAUGAAUCACAAAGGAACAGUUCUUCAAGAUCUUGCUGUUCAAUGUUUUUUGCUUGCAGCUACCCAAUGUUUUAUUUGUAAUACAAGUUCAUUCGACUGCAAAACGUUUAGCUCGUUAAUUUGAGAAAUACAUUUUUGGGCGAUGCACUAAACAAUAACAGAAUCAAUGUUUUUCUUGUAACUUACAGUGCACUACCUGCUACUAUUAUGUAGGUCUGGUUUUUUGUUUGUUUGUCUGCCUUGACUGUCAUCAUCAAACAUUCUUUUGGUUCCAUCUGUCUGGUUUGCCACAGUAAGUUUGCAACGAAUCCAACCAGCUGCUCUCGAUCUUCAGCACAACUCUCUUCUUUUACUUAGGUUGAAGCAAUUCAGACAGAAAUUAUGACCAACGGACCGGUUGAAGGUACUACACAUUAAUGCUAAUAAAUGCAAAGAAGGUUAUCUCAGUCAAAGAAAGCCUGAAAAGUUCAGGCUUUUAGUUCAGGUAUUCGCUUUCUUUCAUUCUUUAUCGCGAUUAUUCUAACUCGCUUGAGGUUGAAGCCGUGCAGUGACCCCCCACGGCAAGGAAAUGUUAAAAAAACCAUUCAUAAAAAAGGGCGAUAUCCCUUAGGAAAUCCUCUUUCCCGUCAACUGUAUUUUGCGUAUUUGGCUGUAUUUUCCACUUGGGUGUGAAAAAUGAACCUUCAGAGAUUUCCAAGGAUGACCAAAAAAGGAUAAAAUGCGUAAAUCUUGCGAUUCUGUUUCAAAUGAACACUGGCGUUCUAAGCACGCAAAAUGCAACCAAGUACUUAACGUACAAGACACUACGGCCCGCCAUGAUCUUCUACGUAUUCGGGAAGCGCAGUACGGCCAGUCAAUAAGUUUAAUUAGCAAAUCAAAAACUUUGCACGUGCAUCUUAUUGUUUUAUCAACACUUCUUUGCCAUAACUGCAUGACCACCACGUGAAAGUGCCUAACUUCACGUUUUAUUGAGGACGUAAACAAACGAAGACGAACUUUUUUCCCCUAUGAGUUUGUCUACGUUUGACAAAAUAAGCGACUUGUAAUAAUCGCGAAAAAGAAUGAAACAAUGAGAAUUUACUUUUUAUUAAAAAGCGACGUUUUGACCGCUAUAGCCGCUAUUGACGCGUGGCGGGAAAAAAAUACUUCCGGUCACCGUACUAGACCCUUCCGUAGUCGUUAGGGAAUGUCCCUAUUAUAUACCGAUGCAGCGCUAUUCAUUUUUCUUUUCUCGGUUUAGGGAUGAGGUGUACCUCGGUAGCUGCCCCCCAAAAAAGCUGUAUAGCACCUAACUCCUACCAGUCUCUUCCUUCGGAGUGGAAAACUUCUGUUGGGCCAUAUGCGGCCUCCGGUCACUGUGGCGUUAUCUUCCGGUGUGUAACCUGUUUCCUCUGCAAAUGAGAAAGGUGCUUUCCCUUGAACGGGGUACCCUUGUGGGAUUUCAAAGUUUCUGUUAGACCUUCAGUACAAAAAGUUCUUUCCAUAGCAGAGAGGAGUUCUUUUUCAACUGAGCUGUCGAUGAUUUCUACUUCCGGUUACUUUGAGUAGUCCACGACGAUAAACAAGUACUUUUCCGCUGUUGGGAAAUGGGCCGCAUAAAUCAGCUGAGCCUUAUUUACUCAAGAUCCUUUAGGUUUGGGAGACACUUUAAAGGUUCGUGCUAAGUGUUAUUGACGCUACCUUGGCCGGGUACACAGUCAGUGAUUCGCCUCUCAGCACUCUUAUCGCUUCCAGGAACCAUACCUUUGAGUGAAACAGCUUUUUAGUUUAACAAUUCUCAAACCUUUCAAGUCUGAUUAUGGAACCCUAUCUUUUUUCAGCUGAUUUCACGGUGUACCAGGACUUCUGUUUGUAUCGAAGUGGUGUUUAUAUUCAUACCAGUGGGCAGCUAGUUGGAGGACAUGCGAUCAAGAUGCUCGGGUUAGUCGGUUCACUUAUUGCUAGAUUAUUGCUAUGAUAAUUAAUCUUUAUCUUUAUGUUAAGAGGAUUCUAUUUUUUUAUAUAACUGUUUAACUACUAGAAUAAGAUGCGGGCAAACUGUCAUUUCAAGAAGAAAUUCUAUUUUGUGUGUGUGUGUAAAAUUCUACCCACGCUGACUGACUCAUCAGACUGGACAAAUUAAACAACUAGUCAACGGCUUAAUCAAAUGAUAAUUAUUAUCAGUCUUUAGACAGAUUUGAUAGUCAACUCGUAGCUGAGCCCUGGGAUCUGGCAUUGAGCUGUUUUCUUAGACGUGAAAGUUUGUAUUAACAUCAAUAAGAGCAAAAAUAACAACCAUCUUCUAGAAAACGCGUCGCAAAUAAAACGCAAACGUCUUGACUAAAUGACACAAAAAAAUAUGUUUGCGUUCAAGAUAAGGCGCACAUUAUAUGCUCGUAUAACCUGUUGUACAGUUUUUGUCUUAUUUGAGAGGCGCCUUUUGUUCUCUGUCUCCAGUAGAAAUGGCCCUAUUCAGUAACGCAGGAAGAAGUGCACAAGACUACAAGCCUAUCCAUUGGCGCUUCAUAUCGGUCAAACCGACUGGUUACUAAACGCUAAGCUUGAAUUUCGAUAGCCGGCUGUGACCGCUGUGGAUAUAACGGAACAUAAGCGAAUAGACCCGAUCGUGACCUUCAACCUUCUCGUGAUUGUAACUGUUACUAAGCUAUCAGUAAUGCAAUGAAUUCUCUUUUGAAAUCGUUUCAAUCUUUUUUUUUAGAUGGGGUCGGUCCUCAGAAGGCGUUGAUUACUGGGUAUGACUUUUUUUUUUUGUUUUGGUUUUUUGUCGUAGUGUUAAUUAUAGUUAUACAAGGUGUGUUGACUUAUAAGGUAGGCCGUAAGGUAGAGUUAGAGUUUAAGGGUUAGGAAGAAGGAAUUAAUCCUUUUUUGUGUGUGUUGUGUUGUUGCACAUCUUCCAGCUGUGUCGUUUUUCAAACGAUGCACAUUUCUUUCCACUUUACCAGUUACUAUGCCUUUGAACAACUUCAAUGAAGGCAAGGUGCCAUUUUGACGACAAAACAUAUGUAAAACUUGACAAUUUUUGAAAUGUGAUUCAUUAAAAUGAAAAACAGAAGGGAUCUCGUCAAGAAUACGGUUGAACCUCUCUACAACGGCCACUUUGGGGACAGAAGAAAGAGGCCAUUGUAGAGAGGUUUAAACAAGAGUGAAUGGAUUGACCGUCUGCCAAAACAAAAUGGCCGUUGUAGAAAGGUGGCCGUUAGUGCAGGUUCGACUGUAUUUUGCCUAAUAGUAUAAUAAAAUAUGCCUUGUUUUUAGAUUUGUGCCAAUUCCUGGGGAGCCACGUGGGGAAUGGAUGGUGAGUGUUUAUUUUCUGUGUUGGUAGCGUAACACUCAAAUAUUGAAAUACCACCGGUUUUGACUGUAAGUUAAUUAUAUUUGCACUGAAGAAACUAUGUAUUUAUUUUUUAUUACCAGGAUUUUUCUACAUUCGCCGAGGCACAAAUGAGUGCGGAAUCGAAAGUGGAGUAACAGCUGGAAUUCCUGCUCUGUGAAGAGAAGCAAAAUCCACUUUAAAGUGUAGUUUAGUUUGUUGACAGUCGA